CUGACGUUGAGGUGAGAGUGAAUGGGAAUGUUGUGCUCCUCUUUCCAUCUAUUUCACUGCCUGCCUGUCUUUCUGGCCUCUUCAACACCCAUCUGGCUCUUAGGGGUGCUUGCUACUGCUGCUGUUUCUGCUGACUGACAUCUCUGCAUCCACAGAUUUCAGCAAGUGGAUUGGGGCUGGCGCUGGGCAAUAUUGAGAACGUCAAAGAUUGUUUUCUCCCUUUUUAAAAUGUUUGAUUUUAUUGACAUCUGAGUCUUGUGAAGGGCUCUUGUUCCAGGAAGAUAUUUCACCAGCCAUCAGUGAGAGGGUGUGAGGACAAUGAACUAAAGUUCAGGACAGCAGCUGGCUUCCCAGAAAUGACUCCCCUCCCCCCAGCAUGACCCUCAUUCAGGAGAAGAGAAUGAAGAAAAAGCAAUAGCAGCCAGCCACCACUGAGGGGGACAAAAAGAAUUGAAAUGUCUUGGAUUGUUUGCUUUCUAUAAAAGGGCAAGAGAAUCACUCUACAAGCAGCUGACAGAAUCUACCCAACUCCCCAAAUCCACCCAAAAGCACCCCCUGCUUUUGCUCUGUCAAUGUGUGCAAUUAAGCACCCAAGACAGCUACAUGUGAAAAAUGUCUACCGAUACUUCAGAACAAGUCGGAGUGUGGCGACAAACCAGAACUCUUUUAUACAAAAACUGCCUUAUUAAAUGGAGAACUAAGAGUAAUACAGCCCAGGAAGUCUUGAUUCCACUUUUCUUGUUAGGUCUGCUAAUAAUACUAAGCAUGCUGCAGCCAAAUAAAAGACACGAUGAGGUGCCUGAUUCUAAGCUUCAUCCGAUGAAUCGCUCCAGUGUCUCUAAUUUGAGUGUUGGCUACACACCAGCAACUAAUGCGACAAGAGAAAUCAUGCAUAAAAUAUCUGUGGAAUACUUUAGAAAAGGAAUAACUAUACGAGAAUUCCUAAGUGAAUCAGAAAUGCAAGAGGCUAGUCUUGGUAAACCUCCAGGCUUGGUGGGUGUAGUUUUCAAGGAUUCCAUGUCCUACCAUCUCAGAUUUCCUUCUGCAAAGGUUCCAGUAAUUCCAAUUUACGAUAAAUCAAGAGAGAGUUGUUCGAACCCAGCUGCAGCAUGUGAAGCUACAAAGUAUUGGUAUUCUGGAUUCAUAACUCUACAGAUCUGUAUUGAUGCAGCAAUCAUACAGCUGAGGACUAAUCAUUCUGUUUUAGAAGACCUGGAAUCAACCAAAGUUAUCAUGAUGGGAAAGAAUGCUGUUGUGGAAAUAGAUCCUUUUAUUCGAGGACUUAUUUUAAUUUACCUAGUGAUUGCCUUUUCACCUUUUGGCUAUUAUUUGAUAAUCCAUAUUAUGGCAGAAAAGGAGAAGAAAUUGAAAGAAUUUUUAAUGAUCAUGGGGCUUCAUGACACUGCCUUUUGGCUUUCUUGGGUCCUACUGUACACCAGUUUGAUAUUUGUCAUGUCCCUUCUCAUGUCGGUCACUGCAACAUUCUCUUCACUUUUCCCCAAAAGUAACAGCUUUGUGAUAUUUCUUCUUUUUUUCCUGUAUGGAAUAUCCUCUGUUUUCUUUGCAUUUAUGUUGACUUCUCUUUUUAAAAAAUCAACAAAUGCUGGUUCAGUUCAGUAUUUUACAACCAUAGCUUUUGGAUCUGUUGGUUUGGCUGUUAUCAUGUUGAAAGAGUUCACAAUGUCUUUUGUGUGGUUACUAAGCCCUUUGUGUCAGUGUAUAUUUUUACUUGGUGUUGAACAGGUUAUGCAUAUGGAAGAUUAUGAAGAAGGAGCUAAGCUCGCAAAUCUAACUCAUGGCCCUUAUCCACUACUUAUUGUUUUUACCCUGUUGGUUCUGGACAGCAUGCUUUACCUACUCCUGGGGGUUUAUCUGGAUCAGGUGAUUCCAGGGGAAUAUGGAUUGAGGCGAAGUAUUUUCUUCUUCCUGAAGCCGUCAUUUUGGUUAAAGAGAACAAGAAAUUAUAAAGAACUGUAUGAGAGCUGCAGUACUGGGAACUUUAAUUUUAAUGAGAUUAUUGAGCCUGUGUCUUCUGAAUUUCAGGGGAAAGAAGCUAUCCGAAUCAACGGUGUCCAGAAAUCUUUUGUUAAAAAGGGUGAAACUGUGGAAGCUCUGAAAAGCUUAUCCUUUGACAUAUAUGAGGGUCAGAUCACAGCAUUACUUGGACAUAGUGGAACAGGAAAAACAACAUUAAUGAACAUUCUGUGUGGAUUGUGCCCACCUUCUGAUGGGUUUGCAUCCAUCUAUGGAUACAGGGUUUCUGAAAUAGAUGAAAUGCUAGAAGUGAGAAAGAUCAUUGGAGUUUGCCAGCAGAUGGAUAUCUAUUUUGAUGUAUUAACAGUGCAAGAGAAUUUAUCAAUAGUUGCCUCAAUUAAAGGGAUACAUCCUCAUUUUAUGACGCAAGAGGUCCAGAAUGUUUUACGAGAUUUGGAUAUGGAGGCCUUUAAAGAUAACCAGGCUAAAAAUCUAAGUGGAGGGCAGAAAAGAAAGCUUUCAGUUGGGUUUGCAAUUCUUGGAGAUCCGAAGAUAUUGCUUUUAGAUGAACCAACUGCUGGCAUGGAUCCAUGCUCACGACAUACAGUAUGGAACCUUCUGGAAAAUGGAAAGGCCAAUCGAGUGACGGUGUUCAGUACCCAUUUCAUGGAUGAAGCUGACAUUGUAGCUGAUCGGAAAGCUGUGAUUUCCCAAGGAAUGCUGAAAUGUGUUGGUUCCUCUCUCUUCCUUAAAAGAAAAUGGGGAAUUGGCUACCGGUUGAGUAUGCACAUAGACAGGUACUGUAAUACAGAAGGUACAGCAUCUUUGAUCAGACAACAUAUUCCUGGAGCCAGUCUUUUAAAACAGAAUGAAGAGCAGCUUGUGUAUGCCUUACCUUUUAAAGACAUGGACAAGUUUUCAGCCUUAUUUUCUGAUCUGGACAGCCAUUUACAUUUGGGUGUUAUUUCUUAUGGUGCUUCUAUGACGACCUUGGAGGACGUGUUCCUCAAGCUGGAAGUUGAAGCUGAAAUUGAUCAAGAAGAUUUUAGUGCAUUUAAUCCACAGCAGCCUGAAGAGGAUGUAGACCCAAAAUCUCUUGAUGAGUUAGAGCAAAGCUUAUUAAUGCUAUCGGGGACAUCUCGUGCACUGAGCAAUAAGUCUCUUUGGAAGAAGCAGGUCUGUGCUGUGGCAAAGAUUCAUUUCCUUAAUUUAAAACGUGAAACGAAAAGCAUGGCAGAGAUAUGUGUGCUAGUCACAAUGUUAGUUAUCCUUCAGAUUGUUACAUUUCAUAUGCAACAACUCUUCAGAAAUGCUCUUAAACUCUCUCCAGACUUAUACUUCCUUAAACCAAAUGAAACUCAGCACAAGUUCAAAACCAGUCUCCUCAUUCAAAACUCCACUGGCUCAAACGUUGACAACAUCAUCAGCUCUCUUAACAGCCAGAAUAUACUGACAGAAAUAUAUAAUGGCAGUGCCUUAGCUGCCCCCAUGGAUGCAGCAUUAAAUGGCAGUACUUAUAUGUCAGUUGCCCCCCACAGUGCAGCAUUUAAUAUUUCUCAUGAUGAUCAGAGAGUCAUCUUUACAGUUGCUUUUAACCAUACCAUGAGGCAUUCUUUACCUGUAUUGAUGAAUAUCAUUAGUAACUGGUAUCUGCAAAGUUUAAAUAUAACUGAAAGCAUUCAUGUCUGGAGUAACCCUUUCUUUCAAGAAGUUACCGAAAAAGUCUUCACAUGGUCGCUGUACCUUGAAACUGUGUUACUAGGUGUCAUUGCCACUGGGACACCACCACAUUUUGCAAUGGAGAAUGCAGAAAUUCAAAAGAUCAAAGCCUAUACACAACUUAAGAUCUCAGGUCUUUAUCCAUCUGCUUACUGGUGUGGACAAGCACUAGUUGACAUUCCUUUAUAUUAUGUUAUUCUGGUUCUGAUGAUAGGAAUAUUGUUUAUGCUUCACCGUGGAGUGUAUCUUUUUCCUGGCGAGUUACUUGCUAUGGUUUUCUGCCUUAUUGGCUAUGUACCAUCAGUAGUUCUGUUCAAUUAUGUUGUCUCUUUCACCUUUAAAACCAUACGAAGCACUAAAGAAUUUUGGUCCUUUGUUUUUUCCACAACAGCCUUGAUUUGCAUUGUUGCUGUAUCUUUUACUCAACUGUACACAACCCCCACCAUAGUUCACAGUUGCUUUUCUGUCUUCAUUCCAAUCUAUCCUCUUAUUGAGUUCUUUAUUACUUUUGUACAGAUAGCCUGGAAACUGGAACACAAGACAGAAAGAAAUGCAAAAAGACUGUUGGUUUCUGUAAUAGCGCCUUAUGUACACUGUAUAAUUUGGCUCUUCCUUCUAAACUAUCUUGAAGUUAAAUAUGGAGGCAAAUCAAGAAGACAGAAGGGUCUGUUUUUCAGAACUCCUGUAAAACUCAAGUCCUGCUCAUUCCCAGACAUGCUACAUGAAGAAGAUGAGGAUGAAGAUGUUAUGGCCGAGAGGCUUAGAGUGAAAGAGAUGUCAACUUGCCAAAGCUGUGAGGAGAAACCAGCAAUUUUGGUUAGCAGUUUGCAUAAAGAAUAUGAUGCGAAGAGAGAUUUUCUUCUUGGAAGAAAAAUAAAGAAAGUGGCAACUAAUCAUGUCUCUCUUUGUGUAAAAAAAGGGGAAAUAAUGGGACUGUUAGGCCCAAAUGGAGCUGGGAAAAGUACGCUAAUUAAUAUGCUGGUGGGAGACGCUGAACCAACUUCAGGCCAGGUGCUGAUGGGAGAUUAUUCUUUAGGUGAGAAUAAUGAGGAUAAUUCCAUUCGAUUUUUGGGAUACUGUCCACAGAUGAACCCACUCUGGCCAGAUAUUACACUGCAGGAACAUUUUGAAAUUUAUGCUGCUAUCAAAGGAAUGAGUGCAGGUGAUGUGAAAGAAGUCAUAAAAUGUAUUUCCAGCGCACUUGAUUUUAAGGAACAUUUACAAAAAAGAACAAAGAAAGUUGGAGCAGGAAUCAAACGAAAGUUAUGUUUUGCCUUAAGCAUGCUGGGCAACCCUCCUGUUACCCUGCUAGAUGAGCCAUCUACUGGUAUGGACCCUAAAGCAAAACAACACAUGUGGAAAGCAAUGCGAUCUGCCUUUAAAAGUAAAGCGAGGUCGGCUAUUUUAACAACUCAUUAUAUGGAAGAAGCAGAGGCUGUGUGUGAUCGCGUGGCAAUCAUGGUGUCAGGAAAGUUAAGAUGUAUUGGUACGGUUCAGCAUCUGAAGAAUAAAUUUGGCAGAGGAUAUUGCUUAGAAAUGAAAUUAAAAGAAGUGCCAGAUAAUCAGCAGAAGCAUCACCUUCAAAUGAAGAUUCUGAACAUCUUUCCAAAUGCAAGUCACCAGGAAAGCUUUGCCUCUAUUUUGGCUUAUAAAAUCCCAAAGGAAGAUGUCCACUCGCUUGCACUUGCCUUUGCUGAACUGGAAGAAGUGAAAAAUGCCUUUAAUGUUGAAGAGUACAGUUUCUCUCAAGCAACACUUGGACAGGUGUUUGUGGAGCUUGCCAAAGAGCAAGAGGAGGAAGACAGAAAUUUUGGAACUGUAAACAGCAUGCUUUGGUGGGAGCGAUCCCAAGAAGACCGAGUUGUUUUCUGAUCUGUUUCUCAUUGUAGAAGUCAAGAGAUUUGCUCCUUAGGUUUCCCUGUUAAAGACAUUGUUUUUGUUGUGUCGCGAUGUGCACUGAGCCCCAUGAAUUUGGAACAUAUUCCUGAGCAAUUAACAAUAUCUGCCUUAUCAAUAUUAUAAAUGCCUGAAACUGUCUUGAUUCUUGAAUACAGUUAUUAUUGAUCUCUGACUUGCUUUUUUAAUGUAAAAAGAAAAACCUCAAUACACUUGUUUCUUCUGU